UGGUUAUUCACCUCAUCAGUUCUAUUUCAAUAGUCUGGCAAUCGUCGAGACAUGGCCACGCACCCUGACAGACUAUGCCAUCGCCUUCAGUAUGGCUGACCCGAAUAUUGCGAACCACUCGCUCCUGUGUGCCAAUCCGUAAUCCGCGUCGAUACCUUGCCAGUGUUGCUGCCACCAGUCCGAAUUUGAUCGCCGACGAGGCUAUCCACCUUCGCCAGUAUCAAGAAGAAUGUAUUCAGUCAGUUUUGUCUCAUCUGACAAAGGGUGAAAAACGCCUAGGUAUCUCCCUGGCUACGGGAAGUGGCAAGACUGUCAUCUUCACCCGACUAAUUGAUCGGGUCAAGCCUCCCACCGAAGAUGCCCAGCAGACGCUCAUUCUCGCCCAUCGGCGAGAACUGGUGGAACAAGCUGCCCGCCACUGUGAAAGAGCCUAUCCACACAAGAGCAUUGACAUUGAGAUGGGAGAUGUGAGAGCAUCAGGAUGCGCUGAUAUAACCGUGGCGUCGGUUCGAAGCAUGGUUUCCGGUGAUCGUCUGAGCAAGUACGAUCCAUCUCGAUUCAAACUCGUCCUGGUCGAUGAAGCACAUCACAUCGUCGCACCUGGCUACCUGCAAGUUCUGGAACAUUUUGGACUCGAGGAGCGACAGGAUUCAGGUCCUGCACUUGUGGGUGUAUCGGCGACGUUCUCCCGCUUCGAUGGGCUGCGACUCGGCUCGGUCAUCGAUCAUAUUGUCUACCACAAGGACUACGUCGACAUGAUUGGGGAGAAAUGGCUAUCAGAUGUCAUGUUCACCACCGUCAAGUCCAAGGCGGAUCUAUCCAAGGUCAAAUCUGGCAGAGAUGGCGAUUUCCAGACCGGCCAAUUGGCUCAAGCAGUCAACAACGAUAUCACCAACGAUAUCACCAUUGACGCCUGGCGCUCCGAGGCAUCGGACCGCAAGUCCACGCUUGUCUUUUGUGUCGACAUCAAUCACGUCGUCACACUGACCGCAGCGUUUCGCAAGAUUGGAAUUGACGCUCAAUAUAUCACCGGCGCCACCAAGAAGCGUGUUCGCGGAGAACGCCUUGCCGCAUUCAAGAAUCGCGAGUUUCCUGUCCUUCUGAACUGUGGAGUCUUCACCGAAGGCACCGACAUGCCCAACAUCGACUGCGUUCUUCAGGCACGACCCACCAAGUCGCGCAAUCUCCUCGUCCAGAUGAUCGGUCGUGGUAUGCGUCUAUACCCUGGCAAGGAAAACUGUCACGUCAUCGACAUGGUAGCCUCGCUCGAGACCGGAAUUGUCACGGUACCUACAUUAUUUGGUCUGGAUCCUGGUGAAAUCGUCCAAGGUGCCAAAGUCGAUGAUCUCAAGGAGCUCAAGGAGAAGAAGGACUCGAGCAGGGAACUUGCAUCCGCGAGCAGUCGAUCAUCCUCAAACUUGGGAAACCAUGAGCUUAAAUUCACACACUACGAUUCCGUACACGAUCUGAUUGAAGACACUUCAGGAGAACGACACGUGCGAGCGAUGUCGUCUUACGCAUGGGUGCAGAUCGAUUCCACGAAAUAUAUAUUGGCGGCACGAGGCGGGAUCUUGAGUCUCGAACGGCGACUAGCGCCGACAGAGGAAGCGACAUCGCCCCAAGACCACUUCGCAGUGAUUUGGAAGUACUCGCUGCCCACGAUGGAAGGCAUUCAGUCGCCGUGGUCGCGGCCUCGCACAGUCGCUACGGCCGCCACACUCUCGGAUGCCCUGCAUGCAGCAGACACGUUUGCCGCGACAAAGUUUGAACGUAUCUUCAUCGCCACCAGUUCCAGUUGGCGUAGUAGCCCCGCCAGCGAGGGUCAGUUGUCCUUUCUCAACCGUUUGCGUGAAUUGACCGUGGAGGAGCCCUUGACUGCGGACGACCUCACAAAGGGUCAGGCUGGUGACAUGAUCACCAAGAUCAAGUUUGGAGCAAGAGGUCGUUUUGACAAGAUGCAGGUCAAGAAGCGAAGAGUUCAGCGAGCUGCCAACAAGAUCCAGGAAUUGAGGAGCCGAGAGGAGGUCAAGGUUGGACCUUUGGACAGUUGAAUAUCAAUCGCUGUCGACUAUCCAUGCACGCCAUGUUGGCGCACACGUGAUCUGUACACUAAUGUAUCUCUACUUCCUAGGAGCUGUCCUAGUUGUACAAUACUCAAUUUCUGCACACUGGA